GACCCUGAAACCAAAAAGCUUCGUGUGAAGAUCUACGUUGACAAAGAGACGGGAAGGAAGAAGGGUGAUGCACUUGUCUCAUAUCUGAAGGAACCUUCAGUUCCUCUGGCCUUGCAAAUUCUGGAUGGGACACCUCUACGGCCUGGUGGCAAGAUUCCUAUGUCAGUUACUCAAGCUAAGUUUGAGCAGAAAGGGGAUAAAUUUAUAACCAGACAAGUGGAUAAGAGAAAGAAGAAGAAACUUCAGAAGGUUGAACAGAAGAUACUUGGCUGGGGUACGUUAUCUACUGUCCAAAAAUGCUUUUGUUGGUAUGAAGUUGGGACUUCACCUUUCUAG